CCUGCGUUGGGUGGAGGGUGGAGGGUGGGGGUGGGGGAUGCAGUACUCAAAAGCCAUCUUGUGUUCGGAGAAAAGAGGCCUACCGGCUUUUCCUUCCCAGGUCCUGCGCCCCUUACCCCCAACCGCGGCCAUCCCAAUUGGGAUGCCUGAUGGACCGGGAUGCCCGCCCGCCACGCCUGGCUGCUCUGGGCUCGGACCUGCCUCGCCUGGGGCGGAGAUGGGAAUGGGGAAGGCUCUAGGCUGGGCGGGGACAGGCCCAGUCCUCCAGGCAGGGUAUCCUAGGUGCUGUGGAGGCAGUGAGGAUUCCGGGGGCUGCUGGCUCAAGGGGUAGGAGCGUCAGCCUCGGGCGGCGGGAGGGUCCUGGGGACUCGAUAUCUCUAAUAAUUGGUGCUAAUGGUCUGUUGUAUAGUCUUAACCCGACGCAUAUGGUUUCAUAACACAGUGGCUUAAUUUCUUCCAAAUGUACAUGGCCCUGAAUGUGUUGCAGUUUGAUAUAUGACCCCGCCCUGCUGCCCGGCCUGGGUCCGAGGCUCCAAGGCGGCCCCUAUAAGUGUGAAUUUCUGUUUAUAAAGGGCGACGCACACGCAAACGCCUACAUACCCAGGCAGACACACCCGGAGGCGGGGAGUGGGACACAUAUUCCAGUCGAGGUCGGAGAGAGUCUGGAGGCCAGACUCACCUUCAGUCUAAGCCAAGACACCCCCCUACCCCCACCCUCUCCCAGAGGCGCGACUGGGAUUCUGCGCCAAGCCCCAGUGGGGGAGGGGAUCGCUCUACGAUUUCCUGUUCAAACCCUGAACCGUCGCCUGCGGGGGGGUGGGGGGAUGGCAGUGGAUGAAGAAGAAACCCGUUUUUAUCAAAUUCUUAAAAAUACAGUUUGCAUUCAGAUCAAACCGCUUGGGCCCGAGCUGACGGUGAAUUUUUUCUCCCCCCCCGCCCACAAUCCCCUUCCCUUCCUUUUCUGCCCCCCCAAAAUUCCCCUUUCCCAGCCAACAUAAAGGCCUCUGAGGUAUUCUCCCGGGGGAAGAAAUGGCAUUUUCUCUCCCCCUCCCCCACCCACCCCCCCAGUAGGACUUGUGUGUCGGCAGAGGCGUCUGACGAGGGGCUAAUUUCGCGUUCCUUGUUUACGAUCGAGAAAAGCGCUUGGCUCUCCCCAAAUGGGCCCAGCCCGCCGCCUGCUCCGGCUGCCGCGCGCUCUACGGCCGCUCGGGCACUGCCCGGGGGCUGACGCCCCGGGAAUCCAGCCUGCCGCAGGUCGGGACCCGGAGUCUGUGGGACCUGAAAAGGGCAAAGGGAGUGCGGAGGGACACUGGAGGGCCCGGGAGGCCCGAAAAUGGGAGCCUUUCUCCUCGCGUAAUGUGGGAACCGCCGACCGGGACGUCCUCCCCAACGUCGCCCUCAAUUCCACCGCCUAUGAUCCAGUGAGGCAUUUCUCGACCUAUGGAGCGGCCGUUGCCCAGAACCGGAUCUACUCGACUCCCUUUUAUUCGCCACAGGAGAAUGUCGUGUUCAGUUCCAGCCGGGGGCCGUAUGACUAUGGAUCUAAUUCCUUUUACCAGGAGAAAGACAUGCUCUCAAACUGCAGACAAAACACCUUAGGACAUAACACACAGACCUCAAUCGCUCAGGAUUUUAGUUCUGAGCAGGGCAGGACUGCGCCCCAGGACCAGAAAGCCAGUAUCCAGAUUUACCCCUGGAUGCAGCGAAUGAAUUCGCACAGUGUGUGUUUUGUGCCCGGAUCUUUAGGGGUCGGCUACGGAGCGGACCGGAGGCGCGGCCGCCAGAUCUACUCCCGGUACCAGACCCUGGAACUGGAGAAAGAAUUUCACUUCAAUCGCUACCUAACGCGGCGCCGGCGCAUCGAGAUCGCCAACGCGCUCUGCCUGACCGAGCGACAGAUCAAAAUCUGGUUCCAGAACCGCCGAAUGAAGUGGAAAAAAGAAUCUAAUCUCACGUCCACUCUCUCGGGGGGCGGCGGAGGAGCCACCGCCGACAGCCUGGGCGGAAAAGAGGAAAAGCGGGAAGAAACAGAAGAGGAGAAGCAGAAAGAGUGACCAGGACUGUUCCUGCCACCACUCCCCCUUUCUCCCUCGCUCCCCACCCCAACUCUCCCCUAAUCACACACUCUGUAUUUAUCACUGGCACAACUGAUGUGUUUUGAGUCCCUAAAACAAAAUUAGGGAGUCGAACGUGGACCUGAAAGUCAGCUCUGGACCCCCUCCCUUACCGCACAACUCUCUUUCACCACGCGCCUCCUCCUCCUCCUCGAUCCCUUGCUAGCUCGUUCUCGGCUUGUCUGCAGGUCCCUUUCCCCGCCCAGGCCUUGGGACUCGGUCCCCGAACUCAGACUCUACAGAUUGCCCUCCAAGUGAGGACUUGGCUCCCCCCAUUCCCGACCCCCGUGCAGAGGGCCGGCUCCCGGGCCUGGGGCCUCUGCUCCCGGGCCUCAGGGCCCAGCCUGGCAGCCGGGGAGGGCCGGAGGCCCAAGGAGGGCACGCCUUGGUCCCACACCGACCCCCAGGGCCUCCCCGCAGUCCCUGCCCAGCCCCUCUGCCCCAGCAAAUGCCCAGCCUAGGCAAAUUGUAUUUAAAGAAUCCUGGGGGUCAUUAUGGCAUUUUACAAACUGUGACCGUUUCUGUGUGAAUACUUUUAGCUGUAUUUGUGGUCUCUGUAUUUAUAUUUAUGUUUAGCACCGUCAGUGUUCCUAUCCCAUUUCAAAAAGGAAAAAAAAAAAAGAGGGAAAAUUACAAAAAGAGAGAGAAAAAAAGUGAAUGACGUUUGUUUAGCCAGUAGGAGAAAAUAAAUAAAUAAAUAAAUCCCCUCGUGUUACCCUCCUGUAUAAAUCCAACCUCUGGAUCCGUUCUCGAAUAUUUAAUAAAACUGAUAUUAUUUUUAAAAGUUUA